CCACGAUGAUAGUUACAUAUGUACUAUCGAUAUGAAAUUUCUUAAAGUUUUGGCUACUUUUGUUGGUUAUCGGUAACGCCGUAGUUUAUCCGCUUUGUUACUGUACAUACUACGUACUUACGACGUACUUCGUGCAUGACCCCGGGAGAGCUAAUACUGACUAGGUAAGGCGGUGCUACGGUGCUACCUAUCUUUACCUAUCUUCAAUGUUGCCUUCUCAUUCUCCUAAUUGGCCGAUUUGUUCUCUUACCAUCGUCAUUCAUGUCCCUGAUUCCUCACCUUUACAUAGUACAUAGUACCAAGAUACGUGGAAUAUCAAACCAACGUUGAUGCUUCAUUCUCAUACUCUGGAACUAUAUCCUGGAUACUUUACUCCAAACUUCGUCAGCAUCUUAAACAUUCAUCUUCAUUUUCUUUUUUCCCACCUAGAUAUUCCUCACCUGUUUAAUUCAACACUGCGACAUAAGUAAUCGACUCGAUCCUAGGAAUAUUGGGUAUAGCAAUCGACAAUGGCGUCCUCAUCGACACCUCCAACUCCACUUCUCUAUUCGUGCAUCGCGCACCACACCACCAUCCUAUCCGAAUGUACCACCUCAGCCUCUUCACAGACCUCGUCGCUUGCCUCCCUCAUCCUCCCCAAGAUCGGCCACGACUCACCGCAAAAGCUCACGUACACCCAUGGAACGCAUCACAUCCACUACAUAUCCGAGGCCCCGUCCUCGCACCCGGACAACCCCUCGGCGGGCGGGCUGACCUUCCUCGUCAUCGCCGAAUCGUCGCUCGGCCGCCGCGUGCCCUUCGGCUUCCUGUUCGAGAUCCGCAAGCGCUUCUUCGAUGAGUUCACCGCCGACGCGUCCGACUUCGCCGACAUGCCCAACUACGGCGCUGGUAGCUUCAACGCCGAGCUCAAGAACUUGAUGGUCGAGUUCGGCACCACGAGCGGCGGCCGCGACGACGCCAUCUCCAACGUGCAGCGCGAGAUGGACGACGUCCGCGGUAUAAUGACACGCAACAUCGAGGGCUUGCUGGAGAGGGGCGAGCGCAUCGAUUUGCUCGUUGACAAGACCGAUCGCCUCGGCGGCAGCGCGCGCGAGUUCAGAGUCCGGAGUCGCGGCCUCAAGAGACAGAUGUGGUGGAAGAAUGUCAAGCUCAUGGCGCUGCUCGUGAUAGUGAUGGUCCUGAUUAUUGCUUCCAUCAUUAUUGCUGUUAAGAACACAACCGGAUAGACUGUCUCACCGCCAGACUUUCCCAUGAAGAGCUCGAGGGGGUGUGCGUCCAAAAGCCUACCAGGCAUGCGGUUUACCACAAAGGGGAUUCCCCCCUUGGACCUAAGAUGGGAUUGUAACUUUUCUUUUUUUUCCGACGGCGUUUGUUUUGCUUGGCUUUGACUUAAGGGAGGUCCGGGAAAGAUGCUGAGCUGAUAUUGAAAAGGCUCACUCAAGGCACGGGGAAAAUACACACGAGCAACCUGCAACCCCUUUGUUUCAUUCUUCGUUUUGUUGGCGCCAAUACCCUAGCUGAGGUAGGUAGUGGGAACUGUUUUUCAGGAUCCAUGGAUUUCUCAAGUGUACUUCUGCUCCUGUUCUGUGUACAUUCAAGUUUUAGUUUUUUUUUGUACUUUUACCCCCGAACUGCCACACACAUGCAGGCUGCUUCAUGGCGGUUUAGGGGACUCUUGUGCCAUGAUCAGUUCACCUGUCUACCUACCUAGGUCCCUAAAGGGAUUCUCUGCUAGGUAAUAACCUAGGUUAGGUUGGUUGCAUGGCAUGGAAACAAAAAUAAACC